AAAUCAAAGCGCAUUUAUGCUCUUUACGCAGCUAACGCAGCUCUCAUUGUGCUGAUUGAGAAUCUGAUUGGUCUGGUAUUGCUUUAUCAACGACGACGUUUUACACCGCCACUGAAGUAGGGAGACUUACAUCCUACGAUGGUUCCUAGGAGAGCGCAAUCACAUGGACUUAUAUUGCUUGUCGCGUGCUGCCUCUGCGUAGGAAGUGCAGGAAACGAUAUCCAGAUCAAUGAUAACUUCGAUGGAACAUUAAACAUUAUAAAGGUGCUCAACACAACCGAACCUUAUUGGGUUUACUACCAAACAACUUCAAAUACAUUUAUGAUGUCUCAAAAUGCCAUUUAUUUCACCAUUGAAGACAUGUGCUUAAAAAAUGUUAUGACUGGCUUGACACUAACUGAAUACAACUAUACACAAUACGACACAAGCGAAUCAGUAACAGAGUCUGCCAACUACACUGGAAGAUUUAUAUACACAAAUGAGACAAAGCCAAGGAAGCCGCCAACGGCCAUGAAGGUUUAUGAAGAAGGAG